AUGCUUGAUUUCUCGUCGUCUGAUCGGUGCGCUUGGCGGGAAGCCCGUACCGCGUACAGCAGCGCGAUCGAGUUGCUCGCGAAGCCUAAGCUCGCGGCACUCGACGCGUUCUACUGCGACGAGCUGCCGCGGCGAUUGCGGCAGCGACAACGCGGUGGCGAAAGCGGCGACCCUGAACCGGGAAACCUCGAAGCCGGAGAUCUUAAAGCCGAGGAUGUCGAAGCAGGAGAUUCUAAACCAGAGAAUGUUAGUAAUGGUGGAGAUACCACAGGUGGGAGUAAACGCGGGAAUGCUAAGGGCGGGUGUAUUGAAUCUAGGGUUACCAGAAGUAGGAGCAGGAAACGCGAAGAUUCAGAAAGCGAGGACAAGGAGAAAGGGGAUGGUGGGGGUGGAGGGGAUGGUGGGGGUGGUGGAGCUUACGUCAGCAAGGAGGAGCUCGUGUCGGUGAUGGAGUGGAAGCUGACACGUGGCAAGUGGCGCCCUCGUCUUCUGGACUUCGUCAAGCAUCUCGACCCCAAAGCAGUCCAGGCCGCAUCAUCUCGAGCCUUCGCUGCUCUGGCGCCAUACCACAACCUUACCACGUCUGGAGGUUCGGGAGCACGUUCCGAUGCAGAUGUUGAAGCGAGUCUGAAGGCAGCAGUAACGGAGCUGUCAACACUUAAGGGCGUUGGGGCAGCAACAGCAUCUGCAGUGCUGGCUGCGUUCGCCCCUGAAAUCGCUCCAUUUAUGUCGGACGAGGCCAUGGUUGCGGCGUUGGGGGACUGCAAAGACUACUCGCUUCACCGCUACCUCGUUUUUGCCAAGGCCAUGCGCGAAAAGUCAUCGGGAUUGAAUCGGCUCGAAGACAAAACCGCACAGGUAGGAGCUACAGAUUCCGCUACAGUCGGAGCAGAAGGGCAAGCAGAGCAGGACUGUGCCCGUUCCACGUCACAUGAAGAGGAGGCUUCACUCGUUAAGUUCACAGCUGCUGAUGUAGAGAAGGCACUGUGGUCAACUGCCGUCUCAGGACUGCAGGCACAGGCCACCGUGGCAGGGAGCGGAAAAAGAAAAGAAACGGUGCCUGAUGCUACUUCGAGAGCAAAAAGAAAACGCUGA